AUCUUUUCUGUGACCACCAUGUCGUUGCAAAGUUGUGUACGACGUCGGAUAUCCGUGCUCAAACGAAAUUUCUCAUCGGACACCUCCUCAAAAUCCCUUCCCAAUGUUCUGUCGCAUCGUUCCCUUCCUUCUGCAAAAAUGCGAGCCCUCAUAUCCCUCUACCACCAAUCAGAGACCUUUAUCACGCCAGAGGACCUUGGAGAGCGAAUUGAUGCAACUUUCGCGUCAGAGGAUCCGAACGACCUACUGCCGGCAACUGCUGAUGUCACCUUUACGAGCCUGAAAGACAAGGUUAUGGACUUGCGUGAAGCACCGAAAAUGAGCCAGUGGAAUCCACACGCCAACACCACUCGUCCCACGCUAGUGGCAGGCAAGUGGAGUCAAAUUAGGCGACGAAGAGAGUUGAAGAUCAUCGAGGCGCUUUAUGGUGUGGAUGUGACUCAUUCGGGCAAUGUGAUGCCUGGGUUGGAGGUUCUGGAAGAAUCAGCGGAGACGCUGAUGAAAAACGAUAGGGAAGACAAGGAGCGCGAAGAGGAGGAACUGGAAGCGGCGGAUAGAAGAUGA